AUGGCUCUUUCAAUUUCUCAGGUCUCAUUUGAGCACCAUCGAACAGCCUUAGGCAUAGGGGAGACUUCUCCCCGGAUUUCCUGGCGAUUUGAUGGGCAAGUCUCAGAUUGGAAUCAAGCAUCAUAUGAUAUUGAAAUUCAAAAGCCAGGAAAGCAUGCAGAGACUUUCCACGUAGAUUCUGCGGAGUCUGUUCUUGUUCCAUGGCCCAGUGAUCCUCUAGAGUCAGGAGAAGAAGCGACCGUUCGGGUUAAAUCGUCUGGGGGCAGAGGCAACCCAUCUACAUCAUGGUCGCAUCCUGUGUCUGUUGAACCGGGGCUUCUCAGUCCCGAAGAUUGGCAAGAUGCGGUUGUUUUGGCAUCUGAACGAGCUACUGAGGUUAACGCCACCCAUCGACCAAUCUAUUUUCGAAAGGACUUUGAAUUGGGAGGUGAUAUUACUUCGGCAAGAUUGUACAUCACCGCGUUAGGACUAUAUGAGGCUCGUCUGAACGGCCAGCGUGUUGGUGAUCAUUUUCUCGCUCCAGGAUGGCAGUCGUACAUGCAUCGCCAUGAGUACAAUACUUACGAUGUGACCGAUCUUCUCAGAGAUGGAGAGAAUACUAUCGGUGUGACUGUAGGUGAAGGCUGGUACUCAGGACGACUGGCGUGGGAGAACAAUCGGAAUAUAUACGGCGAUACGCUAGGCGCGCUUUGUCUACUCUCAGUAACGAAUUCCAACGGCACAAAGACAUACAUCUCUAGUGACACAACCUGGAAGUCUAGCACGGGCCCCAUAUUGUCUUCCGAGAUUUAUGAUGGGGAGACGUAUAAUUCUAGGCUGGAGCAAAAGGGAUGGGAUUCUCCGGGCUUUGAUCAGUCAAGCUGGCUGGGUGUCCGUGAGCUCAAAUUUUCUAAAGAUGUUCUCGCUGCCCCGGAUGCACCACCAGUGAGACGCGUCGAUGAGCACAAACUUGAGAAUGUUUUUUCUAGCGCUUCGGGAAAGACAGUGUUGGAUUUUGGGCAGAACUUGGUUGGCUGGCUGCGUAUCCGCGUCAAAGGGCCUCGAGGGCAAAACAUCAGUUUUGUUCACACUGAAGUUAUGGAAAAUGGAGAGGUCGCAACACGCCCUCUUCGUACCGCCAAAGCAACAGACAACUUCACACUUUCAGGCGGGGAUGAUGAGUGGGAACCGUCAUUCACAUUUCACGGCUUCCGAUAUGUUCAGGUCGAAGGAUGGCCAAAUGAGACUAAGCUUGACGCAGAUUCAGUCACUGCGAUCGUUGUUCACACGGACAUGGAGCAAACUGCAUUCUUUGAUUGCUCUGACUCCCUCCUAAACCGGCUCCACAAAAAUAUCCUUUGGAGUAUGCGUGGCAACUUUCUAAGUAUCCCUACAGAUUGUCCUCAGCGUGAUGAACGCCUUGGCUGGACAGGUGACAUUCAUGCAUUUAGUCGAACUGCAAAUUUUGUUUAUGACACGGCUGGCUUUCUCCGCGGGUGGCUACGUGAUGCGCGCUCGGAGCAAGAAGAGAACAACUAUGCCCCGCCAUAUGUUAUUCCAAAUGUUUUGGGAGAGUCGUCGGCUACAUCAAUCUGGGGAGAUUCGAUUGUGGCCGUACCUUGGCAACUUUUCCAAUCUUUUGGUGAUAAAAAGAUGCUUGAAGAGCAGUAUGCAGGAGCCAAAGAUUGGAUUGAUAAGGGAGUCCUUAGAAACGAGGUCGGGUUGUGGAAUCGCUCGACCUUCCAGUACGCUGAUUGGCUGGACCCUAAGGCACCCCCGGACAAUCCAGGCGAUGCGACAACGGACAAGUAUUUGGUUUCCGAUGCAUAUCUGAUCCACAGCACUGAACUUGUGGCCAAUAUGUCCAAUCGCCUUUCGCUUACCGAAAAUGCCGAGAAAUACUCCAGUGCUCGCUCUAAGUUGACCAAAGCCUUCCAAGAUGCCUGGGUCUCCCAGAAUGGAACUGUCGCAAAUGAGACACAGACAGGUCUCACAUUACCGUUGUAUUUCCGAUUGUUUUCUGAUCCAGCGCAUUAUACCUCUGCUACGGAGCGACUUGUCAAUCUCGUGAAGGGAAACGAAUACAAAGUUGGAACAGGAUUUGCCGGGACUCAUAUCCUCGGGCAUACACUAUCCGAAUACGGCGCGGCGGAUUCUUUCUAUGGUAUGUUGAUGCAAGAAGAAGACCCGGGCUGGCUCUUCCAAGUCGUGAUGAAUGGAACCACCACAUGGGAACGUUGGGACAGCAUGCUGGCAAAUGGAAGUGUCAACUCAGGGUCGAUGACCUCUUUCAAUCAUUACGCCGUCGGAUCGGUGGGAAGCUGGAUCCACGAAAAUAUUGGUGGGCUAACUCCUUCCGAGCCUGGCUGGAAGAAGUUUAAUGUCGAGGUACGACCUGGGGGUGGAUUGAGUGAGGCCACAACCAAGUUCACAAGUGCAUAUGGCCUCAUAUCCACGCAUUGGACAGUCAAAAUGAGCAAAGAAAGUGACAAAUGUUCGAAGAAAGAAAAGAUCUUUCGUUUGGUUGUUCAGGUGCCUCCCAAUAGUCAGGCUACCAUUCAGAUGCCCUCCUCCGGCUCUGAGAGGAAGCCUGUCGUGGUAGGGUCGGGAGUGCACGAGUAUACUAGCUGUGUGGCCUAG